AUGAGAGUGAAGAGGAAUAUGAAUCUGAAACACCAGAAGAUGAAAGUUUAUUUUGUUAUGCAGAAGAAGCUGAAAGAAUUGAAAAGAAGAUCAUUAAACAAGUAUAUGAAAGAGAGUUCUAUUUUUAG